AUGCCGGUAAAAAAUCGUACGUCACCUGGUCCCGACAGAAUAAGACCAGAACAACUGAAGAACCUUCCGCCAGUACUCAUCAACACCCUGGCGAGGCUCUUUACACGUUACCUGUCGGAAUGCAAGGUUCCUAAACAGUGGAAGACCAGCAAGACCGUGUUGUUGUAUAAAAAGGGAGAUCCACAUGACAUCGGCAAAUAUCGCCCUAUCUGCUUACUGUCCGUCAUCUACAAGCUCUUUACAAGAGUGAUCCUUAAUAGGAUUGAAAAAGUCUUGGAUGAAGGACAGCCGUGCGAGCAAGCAGGGUUUCGAAAAGAAUUCAGCACGAAUGACCACAUUCACACUGCUUCGAAACUCAUCGAGGUAUCACGAGAGUGCAAGAUGCCGCUCUUUCUCACCUUCAUCGACUUGAAGAAGGCCUUCGACUCAGUUGAGACGGAGGCGGUCGUGGAAGCCUUGGACAACCAAGGCGUUCCUACUCAGUACAUGAAGGGUUAUACAAUCUCACCCAAAAUAUUCACAGCCACCUUCGAGAACGCAAUGCGAAAGUUGGAAUGGGAGGACAUGGGAGUGAAGAACGACGGUCGGCAGCUACACCAUUUGUGCUUUGCUGAUGACAUCGUACUGAUAACACCUAGCAUCAGCCAAGCGGAACGAAUGCUGACCGAAUUCGACGAAACAUAUGGAUGCAUCGGUCUUCAGCUGAAUUUACAAAAGACGAUGUUCAUGCAGAGCGGAUUGGUCUCAGAUGCUCCAUUCACGCUCAACGGAAUAUCCGAAUGCACCAGCUACGUUAAUCUGGCUGCUUUGACCUAUACUUCGGAAACUUGGACAGUUCGCAAGCAGGAAGAAAACGCAGUGAGCGUCAUUGAACGCGCAAUUGAGAGAGUGAUGCUAGGAGAAUCCCGUUUCACGCAAGUGAGGGACGGGAUUCGAAGUUCUCUCCUGCGUCAGCGAUCGAAGAUUAGAGACGUCGCCCGGUUUGCCAAAGAAAGUAAAAUAAGGUGGGCGUGCUUUAACACGUGCUUUAACGACAACCGUUGGACCAGAGCCGUGAGCGACUUGGUUCCCCGCGAUAUUAAGCGCAUUACAGGACGACCGCCGACCCGAUGUUCAGAUUUCUUCACGAAGUCCUUCAAAGGAAAUUAUGAUGCUCUUCGUGUCCCACGCAAAAGGAGGAACAACUGGGCUACUCUGGCACGCGAUCGGGACAAAUGGAAGAAUUACUUGCGCCCGCUCGACCAGUACGAAGGUCAACUGGCAAUGUGA